UUUCUAAGAUGGCAGCCUCCAGUGCGCAAUACUGUCGUGAGAAAGGAACAAAGAAUCUCCGUGUCGUAGAAUUUUUCAGCGGCGUCGGCGGUUUACAUUGUGCUGUCAAAGCAUGUGGAGUCCCAUGUACUGUGGUUGCUGCGGUGGAAAUAAACACAGUUGCAAAUGCAGUCUAUCAACACAAUUUUCCUGAUGUUAAUUUGAUGCAGAGGAAUUUGGAGGGAUUUACUGCCGAUGACUUCUCUUCUUUUGAUGCAGAUAUGUUUGUGAUGAGCCCACCAUGUCAACCAUUUACUAGAGUAGGAUUGAAAGGAGAUAAAAAUGAUGCAAGGACAAAUGCCUUUUUCAAUAUCAUGAGGAAUCUACCAGAAAUGGCCAAGAGACCAACUUACUUGCUGGUUGAAAAUGUGAAAGGAUUUGAGACCUCAGAAACAAGAAAUUUCCUUGUGGAUACCCUGCAGAGGUGCAAUUACAACUUUCAGGAAUUCCUGCUCUCCCCAAUGGACAUCGGCAUACCCAAUCAGCGUGUACGAUACUUCAUGCUUGCCAAACAGCGCCCUCUAAAGUUUGACGAGAAAUAUGGCUCAGAACUUGUGAAGCACCGAGUAAACGUGCCUUUGAAUACAAAUGAAGGAAAUGAACCUAGCAGACUGGUUUGUGGCAACUCUGUGUUGUCCCCACUGGGGCAGGCGAAUGUGGACAUAUCUUCAUGUGAAAUGCAUGUUGGAUCAUCCAUGGUGUCUUCGAAUGAGCAAAUUGUUGGAACAAAAUCAGAAGAGAAGAUUACAAAUCACCUCCAUUCGACUGAGGAAUCAACUUUUAAUGAAAAAGAAAAGACAUGCGGUACAGAGGUGACUUUUUGUGGUGAUAUGGUGUCUUCAAGUGAACACAACGAACAGGAAAAUUGUCAGGAUGAUGGGGGCCGUAAAAUAGGCGGCUACCUUCAAACCGAUCUGGACACAGAAUCAAUGGAGGAAUAUCUGAUACCGGACAAGAUUUUACUGAAGUAUGCACACAUGAUGGACAUUGUUACAGCCGAUGAGACCAAGACCCGCUGCUUCACCAAAGCGUAUGCGUAUUAUGUGGAGGGAACAGGAUCUACACUCAGAACUGAUCUUUCAACUGAUAUGUCUGCAGCUUUCUCUCCAGGAUCAUGUAGUGAGGAGGAGCGAUUAGCGAGGUUGAGGGCGCUUCGCCUUCGUUACUUCACUCCACGAGAGGUCGCCAACUUGCAUCACUUCCCGCAAGAUUUUGGUUUUCCGGAGUGUGCUACCAAAAAGCAGAGAUACCGGUUGCUAGGCAACAGUCUGAAUGUGACACUUGUGGCAAGGCUAAUAAACUACAUGGUUUCAUCAUGAUGGCAAUUUUUCAUUUGAUGGCUCUGCCGAAGUUGAAUAGUAAUCAUAGUCCUAGAAGUUAUUAGUGUAGCGUACAUAUCCACCUUAAUUGGGUGCUGCUAUAUUACCCUGGCUUAGCUUGGCUACCGAUUCCAGUGCUCACAGCUUUAUUUGAGGAAUAACUUCCUGCCGGUACCCAUUUACCUCACCAGGGUUGAGUGGAGUGCAGCAUAUUGUGGAUCAGUUUCUUGAGCACUGAAGAAAAUAAUGCCAUGGCUGGGAUUGGAACCCAUGACCCUCUGUUUUAAAGCCUGGAGACUUGUCCAAUGGACAACAACGCUCCACAGUCUCUUCGGACUACAAAAGUCUAUCAUAAUAUUCCAUUAUACAUGUAUAUGGCACAUUUACAGCAUGCUUAUUAUGCUAAGUGCCCGUUACUUACAGGUGGUAAGGCAUUCAAGGAAUAUAUCCUACUGGGUACCCUUUCACCUCACCUGGGUCAAGUGCAGCACAACAGGGAUCAAUUUCUUGCUGAAGAGAAAUAUGCCACGGCUGGGAUUGAAACCGAUUUGAUGAAGUAAAGACCAACCCAUCUUUUCAAGCAAUUGGUGGGAGCUGGUGCCGUUGGAUAUUUCUUACAGGUAAAUGGCACAGGACAGAAGUUGUUCAUGUUCAUCAUUAGAAAAGAAGGGGUUCACCCAGGGAUCAUCAAUAAAAAAUGUGGAAUUUCCAUGGAUGUAAAAUC